GGAAGCAAAACAAGUAAUGGGGCCAGACCAAAAUUUCAAUCACGUGAGAGCCACGGGAUAAGUUUCCUCUUAUCUAUCCUUUAUUAUCCUUCUACCUCUUUCACUUCUCUCCAGUUGCAGAGUUGCUUUGAGGAGAAAGGUUUUCUCUGUUUUCAGUGCCAAUGGCAGCAAUUUCACCCACGUUAUCUUUAAAAAGUAGUAGCUGCACUUAUUCUAGCAGUAAACGAAUCGUACAUCAGAAAACUGUAUCUGCAUCAUGUUCUGUCAAGGGAACUUCAAAGGUUCAAUCUUUGCGUCUUUCUUCCUCGUUUCUUUGCUCCCCAAAUCAGAUUAUCAAACUCAAAUCUGUGAGCCCUAAGUCUAUGCAACUAGCAAGAUCAGUUGGGGGUUUGGAGAUAAGGAUGAUGAGUGUGGAUGCUGGUGUGGGUGUCAUGGGUACUAAGCUAGGGAUGAUGAGCUUUUUUGAGGAGGAUGGCACUGUAGUUCCCGUCACUGUGAUAGGAUUUAAGGAGGGAAAUAUAGUGACUCAAGUGAAGACGGAGUCAACGGAUGGGUACAAUGCAGUGCAAGUGGGUUAUGAGAGGCUUCGGGAUCGCAAGCUCACCAAGCCUGAAAUGGGCCACUUGAGCAAGUCUGGUGUGAUUCCUCUGCGUCAUCUUCAGGAGUUUCGGCUUGUUUCUGUUGAUGAUUUCACUCCCAAUCAAAAACUUGUGUUCGAGGAUCUCUUCAAGGAAGGUGACUUAGUCGACAUCUCUGGUACAACCAUUGGAAAGGGGUUUCAAGGUGGUAUUAAAAGACACAACUUCAAAAGAGGUCUGAUGACUCAUGGAUCCAAAAGUCAUAGGGCCUUGGGAUCCAUUGGAGCUGGAACAACUCCAGGACAUGUAUACAAAGGCAAGAAAAUGCCUGGUAGAAUGGGUGGAACAAAGACAAAGAUCCGUAAACUGAAGAUUAUGAAGAUCGACAAUGAUCUUCGGGUUGUCAUUAUCAAAGGUGCCGUUCCUGGUAAGCCUGGAAACCUCUUGCGGAUAGCACCAGCUAAGAUUGUCGGGAAAAACAUUCCUAAGAAUUAGACCACUUAGAAGGUUUUGUUUGCUUUAGAUCAUUUGCUGAUCUUUUAUUGUUGUAACAAACGAAUAGCAUGCUGUAAUUUUCAAUGUAUAUUUCUUAUUUGUUAA